GCGUGUUGGGCUCCUGUAGGAGAUCCCCUGUUUCUUUCUCGCAACGGUCACAGCAUGGAUCCUCUCUCCAACUUUACCUCGGUUGUUUGGUGUUAGUUUCGCGUUGCCUCGGGGUUAACCGUCGCCGUCUUGACUCCGUGACUCCUCAAAGACACCAUGUUUACCACCACCGGUUCUCGGGGCCUGUACAAGGCUCCUCUCUCUAAAGGCCUCUUGCUGGUUCUCAAUGGGCUGACUGUGAUGCUCACCCUGCUGCCUCAGUACCAAGACCUGUUCGUGUACAGUCUGCAGGCUGUCACCCAGCAGCACCAGGUGUGGAGGUUGUUGUGUGGGAGGCUGGUCUGUCUAGACGUGAAGGACUCGUUCUGUAGCAGCCUGCUCAUCUAUAACUUCAGAAUCUUUGAGAGGAGGUUUGGCACCAGGAAGUUUGCUUCCUUUUUAUUGGGCACAUGGUUUCUCUCUGCGCUGAUGGACUUCCUGCUGGCUCAGGCUUUCCAGUUUCUGUUUGACUAUGAGGUGGAGGAGCUGCCUGCAGGACUGCUCGCUCCAGUCUUCUCUUUGUUUGUGCCUUUCUACCUGUCGAUCCCAACGAUGCCAGUCACCCAAGUCCUGGGCCAGAUCCACAUCACCAACAAGUCUCUGGUCUACAUUGUUGGCUUACAGCUGUUGACUUCCAGCCCCUUCAUGUGGCUCCUUGCACUCAGUGGACUGAUCUCAGGUGGACUGUACCACUCUGAUGUUCUCCGGUUGCAGAAGCUCCUCUUUGUGCCUGCCUGGGUGUCUCGUAUUGGACGAUAUAUUCUGGAGCCCAUUUUCUCAAGCUCCCAACCAACCAGUGAGACACCACUGGGGAUGGGAGCCACACUGGACAUCCAGAGGCAACAAAGGAUGGACAUGCUCGACCAACAACUGCUGCUGGCACAAUAUAACGAGGCCAGGAGGAACACCAGACAACAACCACAGGCUGGGUUGUUACAGUGGACCCGGUUAUUCCCCUCCCUGAGACACAGAGGACAGAACCGUCAUCCAGUGCAGCCUCGCCCACAGGCUCAGACGCAGCCCUCCACACAGCCACCGCUAUUGGACAACUCUCCAGUUGCAGAGGAGCAGGUUGCGAUGUUAGUAGAAAUGGGCUUUUCCAGGAUUGAUGCCCUCGAGGCUCUCAGAGCUUCAAACAACGACAUCAACAUGGCAACCAACUUCCUCUUGCAACACUGAGAGAGAGCUCAGUGAGAACAAAAGAUGUGAAUGAGGAAAGCAGCAAGAGAAGCAACCAAAGCAGAGGAGCAAAAAAAAAAAAGCAAAGCAGAGACAAGGUGUUGGAGGCAGUGGAUGGUGGAGACGAGAAGAGAGGACAAAUGAAAUUUGUACAGAUAAUCUGAGGGCUGUCACUGCUCCUCGAAGCAGUGUUAGGCUGAACCGACCUGAACUGAGCCCGAUGGCACGCUGAUUAAUGAAGAAGUGUGAAGUACAAAGUGGGAGACGUUUGCGUCAUAGCUUUCUGAUGGCUGUGGUAGUGUGAAACAGGCGACAUUGCUGAAGGCAGAUGAGUUAGACUUCUAACUCUCAGGGGUUUCCUAUGAAAAAUAAACAGAAACCAAACAGGUCAGAGCUUUCCUCACAGUACAUCUUAAAAACAGAGUAUUGAGUCCAGUGGAUGAACUGUAAAGUGGGCUAUUUCUUUAAAACAGAACUGAUGCUGAAGCACUCAAAUCAGCUCUCUCCUAUCUGAAAUACAGUUUAAUAUUUUCCACUUUCAUGUACUGCCACUCUACACGCCAAUGGGCCACAGUAUAACCAGUGACCUUUACCCUGACAACUGGUAAGAGACACUGUCUAAUGUGGAAAAUGGAUGAAGAUAACACAACACCAGGUCCUUUUUAGACAAUGAAGCAUAAGACAUUAUGUUAGUUGUCAAGUUUUCAUCUUAAACUGGUUAAAGUAAAGGACUUUUCUUACAGAAUUUUAAGCUGCCACUCUUGGACUGUUUUUUUUUGUUUUCCUUCAUACAAUAGGAGUGAAAAGAGGAAUGCAACACAUGCUAAGAGGUUUAUAUUUAACUCCACGAGGAGGUCAAGAGGUCAUAAUUACAACAUCAAAACUGAAGAACAUGACUUACCAACCAUGACUUUGUUACACAGUUGUUAUCUUGGCAGAGUUUCCUGGAAGUAGCAGGACUCAACCCUUUCCUGUGUAAGAUAUUUUAAUAAAGCAGUUAGCGUGAUUGACAGAUACUAUAGGAGCCAAAUCUUCAAUGGGUUUGGCCCAUUUAUGUCUAAAAGUACAUUGUUAAUGACAGAUGGAGCUGUUUGGCAGGAUACAGGUUAGGUGGGCCAACUCAGGGUCUAUGAGGCGAAUUCUUCUGUUAAUUACAUGAAAAUCACAUUUGCCAACGUGCACAUUCACAGAUGCAGAGAAGACCUUUUUAAAGAGGUCACAUCUCACACCCUUGACUGUUUGUCUCUUUCAUCAUUUCAUGCUCUCACACACCUGCACAUGCUUUUCAACAUUUAUUUUCUUUCUUUGAACUUGUCUUUUCUUUGCCAGCACACAUGUCUAAACCAUAACGAGUCUUAAAAGAGUCUUAAAAGUUUAAUGAUAUUUAUUAUGCAAUAUCAGGACAGGAGGAAUUUAAAGACUAUGCACUGCAUAGUACCUACUAUGUGUAUAUAAACAUACUCAUGAAAAUCUUGUGCAAGAGGAGUGAUAUUGCAGCCACUAUGUAUUGAUGUCAGAGACAGAUGCUAGUUUUAUAUUUUGUGCAUUAUAAUAUUGAUAAUAUAUGACCACUGAGUUGAGUCAGUUCAUUUGUGUAUGUAUUUUUGAGAGUGAUAUAAUAGUAUAUGGGUGUGAUGAGGGAGUUGUUUCAUGGACAACUUAAUGAUGAACUGUAAGGAAUCAUAUUUGAUAUGUGAAAUAAAUCAACUUGCUGACUGAA